AGUAAAGGCGCCAAUAAAUUAUGAGCAGUAGUGGUCGAUAAGUCCUGAAAAAAAGGACACCGAGAGGGAGGGCGAGAUAGUUAAGGGGGUCUGGAAAACAUCUGAGAUACUCCACUACAGAGCAUGCAGGCUAAUUCUGUCAUUUUAUGCAUGUGUGUACAUCACAUGCCAGUGGCAGCCCGUCUCAGAUUUGAGUCCGAACGUUAUAGAUGCUCAAACCAAAGCCAGCAGGUUUGACUUUCUAUCAAUCUAUACAAACUGAGAUCAUGUAUAAAUGAAUGGCGGUAGUUCAACAUCACCUCUUGCAUGACACCUUGUCACUUCAAUGUCAUUUCUAUCCAUACUGUUUUGUUUUCUCUGUCCAUUUGAGGCAGGGAAACAAAGGCAGUGCUGGCAGUAGUAACAGGCUAAUAUUGGCUACAGAGGGCAGCUGACCGGCUGCCUCCUGUAUAUUUAGCUCAGGGCCAAUACAUGGGAGAGGUGUAACAGACAUUGGCUGGCAUUCACUUCUCCUAAAGGCGUGGAUCUAGUGUGUGUGUGUGUGUGAGAGAGAGAGAGAGAGUGGCAUGGAGAGAGAGGAGUAGUGUGGGACUGCCUCAGAUCACUCCUCGGUGCUAUUGGAGGUAGACGGCAGCCGGCAGCAUGAUUCUGUUCUCGCUUGGACUAUAUUUUCAACUCUUCUGCUAUGUGUCGUCAUUCUCUUACAUGGAUAACAUAUUCCCUCCUCCAACAGAGUUCCAGUUGCUGGAAACCAGAAAGAAAUUCAACCCCUGCUGUUUACUGAGUCCACCUCCGCCUCCUCUCUUCCCUCCCCCUUCACUGUGGCGGAAGGAGUCUCUGACUGAGACACCAAAUGUGGGGACCUCAGAAGAGAAGCACAGUCCCACAACCCACACAUGUUCCCCAGGGCCUCCAGGACCAGCAGGACCUCCUGGCCCUCAGGGUCCUGCUGGACUGCCGGGACCACAGGGACCAAAGGGAGAUAAGGGUGAAAUUGGAAGACCUGGACACAAGGGGCGCACUGGCCCUCCUGGUCUCCCAGGGCGACAGGGACCAAGCGGAUGGCAAGGACCAACUGGGCCUAAAGGGGAGAAAGGUGACGCUGGGCUGAUGGGCAUGCCAGGGGCAAGAGGACCAACUGGACCCAAGGGCUUUCCUGGACAUAAGGGGGAAAAAGGCUCACAAGGUUUCAGAGGAGAAAUUGGCUUAAAAGGUGACAAGGGAUCAAUUGGUCUUCCUGGAAUGCUUGGCCAAAAGGGUGAAAUGGGCCCAAAAGGAGAACCUGGAAGCUCAGGGAACAGGGGACCCACUGGCCGCCCAGGAAAAAGAGGAAAGCAGGGCUCAAAAGGUGACAGUGGUGCAAUUGGACCCAUUGGACCUGCAGGCCCUCAGGGGGCCCCUGGUCACCCUGGUCCUCCUGGUUUGCCCGCCUCAGGACUGUACAUGGUAGGACAGAAAGGAGAGAAGGGACAGUCUGGCAUCCCAGGCCGCUGUGGGUGCAAUGGCCCCUCGAGUGUCAAUCCCUCCUUUGACCAGCACUUGCACCGGGGCAUCUAUCCCAGAGUUCCAGCGAUAUUUGUGGUGAAUAAUGAACAGGAGCUGAACCGCCUUCAGACCGAUAACGCUUUGGCGUUCCGUAAAGAUCAGAGGGCGCUUUACUUCAAAGACAUUAACGGCUGGAUGCCAAUACAGUUAACACCCUUCCAGUCGAUGGAGCGUGAUCCCGACCAGGAGGGUUUCUGCGGAGACAGCAUUGUGCAAGCUGAGAACGGAGAGGAGUGUGAUGACGGAAAUAAGGUGGUCACAGAUGGCUGUGUCAAGUGCAAAUUUGCAUAUUGUGGGGAUGGAUAUCGCUAUGAAGGGGCAGAGGAGUGUGAUGGAAAGGAUUUUGGCUUUCACACAUGCAGAUCCUUUUUGCCUGGAUCUUAUGGACAUCUCAAAUGCACAUCUGACUGUUUCAUUGACUCAACAAACUGCAAGUAUUUCACAUGAGGACACCAGAAAGUAGCGUCUCAUUUCAGCUGGCGACAUCCGUAUAAACAACAACACUGAACACCAUAGAUUCAGCAGAUAAACUGAGAGUAGAAAUCAUUGAGGGAAUUAUCACAAACACAUUAGCUGAACUCUUUCUUGACAUGAUGCUCUGAAGCCACGUAUCUCACUCGGGAAAGGAACGCUUGGCAAAGCCACGGUUCUGCUCGCGCUCUUAAGAACUCUAACAGGACUUCAGACGUCAUUCUAUGUGCAUGCUGCCUGCUGCUCUGCCCUGGCUUGACAUUUGGCCAGUGUGGUUGGCAAGAAGAAUCGGGCGAGUUGGGUGCCUCUUGGAGAUGGGUAAAAGACUCCUCAAUACCUCAAAGUACUGUAGUACUGUUUCAGAGGAAAGCCAUUUUCUCCUGGUCCACAUCACCUUCCCUCACACAGGGUGCUCUGUUUGUGGAAUGCAAUGUGAUAUUGUUACUAUAGUAUUUUGCAUGAGGCUGAGAUUGCAGUAGACGCGUCAGCAGAAAUUAUUACAGAGGCAUGUAACUGAGAAAAAGCAAAAGUGGCUCAUAUCUUUAAAUGUAAUAUGCAGGCUUAGACCAAACUGGUGCUUAGCCCUGGAAGAAACCUAAUAAUUUAACUGUAAUAAUCUUAACACUGAUGUACAUAAGGGUCAGUACAGCUUUGCAUACUGGGUCCAAAAUGAACUUGCCAUACAGCUCAAUAGCGGGUAAAAAUAUUAAGGUAUUUAUGGCUCAAGACAAAAAAAAAAAAAAAAUGAAAAUGCCAAAUUACUUUUUAAUUGACUAGUGUCAGAAUCAUUAGAUAAAGAUGGUUGUUCAGAAGUGAUUCAGUUCUUUGCAUGCAUCCUACUUUGGCUUUCAGUACACAGUAUGAUUUAGUUCGAACAUAACGAAAAAAUAAUCACGGUUCAGUAAGGGAGUCACUUGUAACCUCUUUCAACGAUUCACUGACUUAGUCCCCAAGCAAAUUCAAUGCUUUGUCAUAGUUCUUUUUACGGAGUCCUUCAAAAGAAUUUGAUCCAUGAUGGCAUUGUAGGCGAAUCCUAAACAGUGUUAUUGCACCCUUGAAGGGCACUGUGGGAACUUUACAAUAAGGUCUCAUUUGUUAACAUUAGUUAAUGCAUUAGUUUACGAACUAAUUUUGAGCAUUUUUACAGAAUUUAUUAAUUUGUUCUUGAAUCGGACAUCACAGAUCACGCUGUUCAAGAAACACCGACUUGCACUCUUAUAAGAUCACUCUGAUGACAUCAAAUAUUGAAUCAUAUCAACUAGACUUUAAAUUAUUGUUGAAAAAAGGUAGCGUUUUUGUAGCAUUUGCGACCAUUUACCCUUAAUGCAAAACUACCUCUCAUAAACCAUUUAUACACUCAUUUUAGUGGUUCUGCAAUUUCAACCAUUGUUGCAGUGACUCAAAUGGCCAGUAAAUCCAUUUGCUUUCUCACCAAAAUCACAUUUUCCUUCGGUGUGGCGUAUGGCAGGUGUUAUUUUUGGACCCUGACCAUAGAUGUGUUUUCACAGACAAUUUACUGAAAAAAAAAAAAAAAAAAACGAAAAAAAGGACAUACAAAUGUACUUCAAGUAACCACAAUAAUACUACUGAUUGACAAUACUUUAUUACAGAUGUUUAAGGAUAGAAGACCCUCUUUUCCAAGCUCUCAGUAUGUCUUGCUGGGUCACACUUAGUGUAACAUUUCCAUCAUAUCUCAGGAAACCACUUAAAGAUAUCCAGAACCUUUCCACCUCCAUGUGUGGAGUAGGGUGCACAUAUUCCACAGUUUAGCCUAGUUCCACACUGUUGUCUUGUGCUUCAAGAGCUUGUAGUCUUGAAGUAAAGCAAAUACGGUUUAUUUAUUUGGGUUAUGGGUCUGAAGAUCUUAAGUACUCAAUCUCAUGAGAAAACAUUACUAUUUUAUGAGGUGGCGAUUUUGGAAAAAUUCGUAUGAUGCGAUUUGUACGAAAACGUACCAUUGUUAGGCAAAAGUAAGCAUGAAACUUCACGCCUUACCCCCAUAACAUCAAUGGAGCGUAAACAGAUCCUACGAAAAUGUACAAAUGGGAUUGUACAAAUUCAUACAAAUUAGCUACCAAUUUGCCCAAAUUGUAAAAUAGUUAUGAAUUGCCAUGAGAUUAUGUUGGGAAAACCAUACAGUAUGUGAAGGCUCUACGGCUGUUAUUGAACAUUUUGUACUGUCUGCUAUUGCAGGGGUAGCAUUUUGCUGCUAUUCAGGCUAAAGACUGUUGGAUUAAGGCUGGACUGUUUAUGUCGUCCCAACGACUUUAAAUUGAUUUAUACCCAGUGCCAAAGUCCAGUCUGAAUAUACCUCAGCAUAUACGGUUUGCUUUAGCCUUUGUGAUUACAGGACCUGAGGUGUAGCAUACAGCACUUACUUACUGUUAUAUUCAGUGAAACUUUGCUUAAGUACCUUUGAGUUACAUUACUUUUUUUUUUAUCAACUCUAAGCCAGUUUUCCAUAAGCUAUAUGAUGCAUUUGCUACAGGAACCUCUUUGCUUACAUUUCUGGGGUGAUAUUCCUGACUUAUCUUUAGAUUUCAUGUAAAAUAUUAUGGAUAUAAUAUGGAAAUAAGUGUCUUGAAUGUGUUAUUCUGCAUGUUCAUCGUAUACUCUUGUUAAAAAGAGCAAGAUUGCCACAUUUCAAUACAAUGAUGGCCUAAAACAUGGAGGCGUUUUUGGAGUUAAAGUGCAUUUAGCUUGUAACUGACUGUUAUCCUCAUACUGUAUUUGUACAAACUGAGGAAAGAUGUUAUCAAAUAUUGCACAACAAACAUACAAAAGAGACUGAAUGUUUUGUCCUAGUGUAAUUUGAAAGAUGUUCUCAAUAUUAAAACAUGUUUGAUACUGUCCUGUAAUGAUGUUAAAAUAAAGCUUGAAAAGCUAA